ACUUACACGGGGAACAUUCUAAUAGCAGUAAACCCUUUCCGGAGAUUACCACAUUUGUAUGAUGUCCACAUGAUGGAGCAGUAUAAAGGGGCACCUUUCGGGGAGUUAAGCCCACAUCUUUUUGCCAUUGCAGAUGACUGCUACAGGGCAAUGAUUAACGAACAUGGAAGUCAAUCCAUCUUGGUGAGUGGAGAGAGUGGAGCAGGUAAAACAGAGACAACAAAAAUGUUGAUGAGAUACCUUGCUUUCAUGGGAGGCAGAUCAGGUACCGAAGGAAGAACAGUUGAACAACAAGUUCUGGAGUCUAACCCAGUUCUGGAAGCCUUUGGGAAUGCCAAAACCGUGAAGAACAACAAUUCCAGUCGUUUUGGUAAAUUCGUAGAGAUUCAAUUUGAUAAGCAAGGAAAGAUUUCCGGGGCUGCAGUUCGGACUUACCUGCUUGAAAGAUCACGCGUUUGCCAAGUCUCUGACCCAGAGAGGAACUACCAUUGUUUUUACAUGCUCUGUGCAGCACCCCCUGAGGAUGCCAAGAAGUUCAAAUUAGGAGACCCAAGAACGUUCCACUAUUUGAACCAAACUAAUUGCUAUGAAGUAGCAAACAUUGAUGAUGGAAGAGAGUAUUUGGAAACUCGAAAUGCUAUGGAUGUUGUGGGAAUCAACCAGGAGGAGCAGGAUGCAAUAUUCCGUGUCGUAGCUGCAAUUCUUCAUCUUGGAAAUGUUGAGUUCAUCAAGGGAAAGGAAUUUGAUUCUUCUCAAAUUAAAGAUGACAAGUCACUCUACCAUCUUCAUACAGCAGCAGAGCUACUCAUGUGUGAUGAGAAAGCACUUCAACAAUCAUUAUGUGAGCGUGUUAUUGUAACUCCUGAUGGGAACAUCACAAAACCGCUAGAUCCAGCAUCAGCUGCCUUGAGUCGUGAUGCCCUGGCAAAAACAGUUUACUCCAGACUUUUUGACUGGAUUGUAGACAAAAUAAACAAUUCAAUUGGUCAGGAUCCUACUGCAAAAAGCAUAAUUGGAGUCCUUGAUAUCUAUGGCUUUGAAAGCUUUAAAAUCAACAGUUUUGAGCAGUUAUGCAUUAACCUUACUAAUGAAAAGCUGCAACAGCAUUUUAAUCAGCAUGUAUUCAAGAUGGAGCAAGAAGAAUACACGAAGGAGGAAAUCAACUGGAGCUACGUAGAAUUUGUAGACAACCAAGAUGUUUUAGAUCUAAUUGAAAAGAAACCUGGGGGUAUCAUUGCUCUUCUUGAUGAAGCAUGCAUGUUUCCCAAGUCAACACAUGAGACAUUUGCUCAGAAGAUGUACCAGACAUAUAACUCACACAAAAGGUUUAGCAAGCCAAAACUUUCAAGAACAAACUUCACAAUCAACCAUUAUGCAGGAGAUGUUACUUACCAAGCUGAUCACUUCCUGGACAAGAACAAGGAUUAUGUCGUAGCAGAACAUCAAGCUCUAUUAAAUGACUCAAGUUGCACUUUUGUAGCAAAUCUCUUCCCACCAUUAGAAGAAACAUCUAAGCAAUCCAAGUUCUCUUCCAUUGGAACUCGGUUCAAGCAACAACUACAAUCUCUAAUGGAAACCCUGAGCACAACAGAGCCACAUUACAUCAGAUGUGUGAAGCCUAAUACAGUUUUGAAGCCAGGAAUAUUUGAAAAUGACAAUGUUUUGAAUCAACUAAGAUGUGGAGGUGUACUAGAAGCAAUUAGGAUAAGCUGUGCUGGGUAUCCAACAAAAAGAACUUUUGACGAAUUCCUGGAACGGUUCGGAAUGUUGGCUCCAGAUGUUCUAGAUGGGUCUGAUGAGAAGUCAGCAUGUGUAGCAAUUUGUGACAGAUUUGGAUUAAAGGGGUAUCAGAUAGGGAAAAGCAAGGUUUUCCUUAGGGCCGGACAGAUGGCUGAAUUAGAUGCACGAAGAACAGAAGUUCUAGCAACAGCAGCAAGAAGAAUUCAGAGGCAAAUCCGAACAUAUCUCACACGUAAAGAAUUUAUUAUCCUUAGAAGGGCCACAAUCAAUAUGCAAAAGCACUGGAGAGCAAGACUUGCACGCAAACUGUAUGACUACUUAAGGAAGGAAGCUGCAUCCAUCCGCAUACAAAAGCAUACUCGUGGAGGUGCAGCAAGAAUAUCAUACAAGCUUUUACAGGGAGCUGCAAUAUCUAUUCAAACUGGGUUUAGAGCAAUGGCUGCACGGGAUGAGUACAGACGCAGAAGAAGGAACAAGGCUGCAACUAUAGUUCAGACUCAAUGGCGGAGAUUCUAUGCUCUUUCUGCAUAUAAGCAUCAGAAGAAAGCAAGUCUUACACUUCAAUGUCUGUGGAGAUCAAAGGUAGCAAGGAAGGAAUUAAGAAUGCUGAAGAUGGCUGCGCGAGAUGCUGGGGCCCUUAGAGAAGCCAAGGACAAGCUGGAGAAGCGUGUUGAAGAGCUAACAUGGAGAUUAGAUUUUGAAAAACAUUUGAGGGUUGAUCUUGAAGAAGCGAAGGGGCAAGAAAUCACAAAGUUGCAGAAUGCUUUGCAAGAAAUGCAAGGAAGACUGGAUGAAGCGCACAACCAAAUCCUUCAUGAGAAAGAAGAGGCAAAAAUAGCAAUUGAACAAGCCCCUCCAGUCAUCAAAGAAGUACCAGUUGUAGACAACACCAAAGUGGACGAACUGGCUAGUCAUAAUCAUAAACUGGAGGAUGAAAUUCUAGAGCUGAAGAAGAGAGUUGAAGAAUUUGAGCAGAGGUACUGUGACGUUGAAAAUGAGAGCAAGGCUAGACUUAAGGAGUUAGAGGAAUCACAAGUUAAAAUUUCAGGCCUUCAGGAUUCCAUUGAGAGGUUAGACGCAAACUUGUCCAAUCUCGAAUCAGAAAAUCAGGUUUUGCGCCAGCAAGCAUUGGUUUCUUCAACAAACGAGGAGCUCACUGAAGAAACUGAACACCUCAGAAGCAAGAUCAAGGAAUUAGAGUGGGAGAAUGAACUCCUCCGUAACCAAAAAAUGGUUGUGGAGCAGAUAACCACCCCUGAAAAGGUAUUGCUGCAACUACAGAGUUUGGAUAAUGGACAUGAAACGAAGGAUAACUUUGAAACACCAAAUAUGGAGCAAGAAAAGACAAAGGAAUCGGACAACACUGUGUCCUUCCUAACAAAACAAAAAUCACUAACGGACAGGCAGCAGGAAAAUCACGAUGUUUUGAUCAAGUGUCUUCUGGAAGAUAAGCGAUUUGACAAGACCAGACCUGUUGCUGCAUGCAUUGUGUACAAAACAUUAGUUCAGUGGAGAUCCUUUGAGGCAGAGAAAACACAUAUAUUUGAUAGGAUUAUUCACACAAUUAGAUCUUCCAUAGAGACUCAGGAUAAAAUCAAAGAUUUAGCAUAUUGGCUAUCAACAACUUCAACUCUUUUAUUCCUACUACAAAGUACAAUCAAGGCAAGUGGUUCACCCUAUAAGUCUCCACAUCGUAACCGCGCCUCACCCACCACAUUGUUUGGCCGAAUGACACAAGGUUUCCAUGCAUCUCCUAUGGCCAUGGGUAUCUCUAGUGGGUAUAGUGGAAUGGAAGGGAAGCCAAGUGCACAAUGCAAAAUAGAGGCAAAGUAUCCUGCACUUCUGUUCAAGCAACAUCUAACAGCCUGUGUGGAAAAAUUGUAUGGAAUGAUCCGUGAUAGCUUGAAGAAAGAGAUAAGUCCAUUUCUGAAUUCAUGUAUACAGGCACCGAGAUCUACAAGGGUCAGACCAACAAGAGGGGCAACAAGAAAUAUUCUUUCAAAUAUUGUGGCAAAACAACAGGCAUCAAGCAUACAUUGGCAAAGCAUUGUUAAUAGCUUGGAUAACACCUUGCACAUUCUGUCUGAAAAUUAUGUCCCUUCAAUCAUCACAAGGAAAAUUUUCAGUCAGGUAUUCUCAUUCAUAGAUGUGCAGUUCUUCAAUAGCUUACUGCUUCGGCGUGAAUGCUGCUCUUUUAGCAACGGAGAAUAUGUAAAGUCAGGUUUGCAUGAACUUGAACAUUGGUGCAAGAAAGCAACAGAUCAGUUUUCUGGAUCAUCAUGGGAUGAGUUACAACACAUAAGGCAAGCUGUUGGGUUGCUGGUAUCACACCAAAAGACUCAAAAAUCCAUGGAGGAGAUCACAAAUGAACUCUGCCCGGUACUGAGUGUUCCACAAAUAUAUCGUAUUGGAACUAUGUUUUGGGAUGACAAAUAUGGAACUCAAGGAUUAUCUCAAGAGGUAAUUGGCAAGAUGAGAUCACUAAUGGCAGAAGAUUCAAUCAGCAUGCCCAACAAUUCUUUCUUGCUUGAUGUGGAUUCCAGCAUACCAUUCUCUUUGGAAGAAAUAUCCCAAUCUUUCCAUGAUAUCGACUUAUCUGAUAUCGAUCCACCACCCCUCCUCCGUCAGAGAUCAGAUUUUCAUUUCCUGCUGCAGCAAAUAGAUUGAAACUGUUGGUUUAUACAAAAAGUUAACAGAAGAAUGCCGAACUCCGCUGUAAUUGAUUGAUUGCAGAUCCCAUUUUGUUUCAACGGGAGCCGUAGUAUGAUAACAUGAGUGCUAAGAAGGUGAUUUUGGUUUUCAUUCAAAAUUUCAGGUGAGAAGUUGACAUUUUUUAAUUUAUUACAGAGUGAUAUUGGAAGUGUGGUUUCUCAAAGUGAUUGUUGUAAAGAAGACAGAACUGAUAUUUUUGAAGAUAAGCGAGAGAUGUGUAAAAGAUAACUUGUAUUUUCAAGAUCUGUGAGCGUGUGUAGAAGAUGUUUGUUAACAAGAUGAUAUGUCAUUGUAUCUGUUUUCAAUUGUCC